GGGACCGGUCGCACGUUUCGCACUCGCGUACCUUAAAAUACAACCUUCAUGUUCGAAACUCCGCGGAAAUCGAACUGUCCACCUUUAAAAUGAUUGUGUUUUGUUUAUAAUGUGUUGGGGGUUUUUGUGACCUGCAUUUUCGGAGGCUGUUUGUUGAAAAGCUUUAGAGGUUGACAGUAAGAUGACUCCAGACAACGCUUUGAACUCCCAAAGGGUCUUCAAGAAGUCAUCGCCCAACAACAAGCUGACAAUGUACCUGGCGUCACGUGAUUUGGUGGUGGAAAACGGGAGUAUCGAUAACAUACAGGGUGUUCUACACGUUGAGUCGGGCAAUUUGGAAAACAAGAAGCUCUUCGGACAAGUUACCCUGACCUUUAGAUACGGUCGCGAAGACGAAGAAGUUAUGGGGCUGAAGUUCUGCAAUGAAGCAAUAAUGAGUCUUACUCAGAUCUGGCCUCCGCAUUGCAAUAACGAUAAGCAUCCGACUUCAGCACUUCAGGAGGCACUUAUAAAGCGUUUAGGAGACUAUGCAUUUCCAUUCCACUUGGAAUUAACUCACCUGGCGCCACCUAGCGUCCAAUUAGUGCCAGCUAAGCAAUACCACGGUGCACCUAUUGGGACCUCUUAUGAUGUUCGGGCGUAUAUAGCGGAUCAAACAGAUGAGAAAAUUUCCCGCCGCAACACAGUUCGAAUGGGAAUAAGAGUGCUUCAAGGUCCAUGUAGAGCCCAGCCACCGGUUUUGCCUCCCCACACCACACACCAUGCCCUGAGCGCCCUGGCGCAUCACAACGUACUCAGACUUAAAGGAAAAACAAAAUUGCAAACGGACCACAGCAGUCGGCAGAAAGAGGAAGAGAACGUGGAGCCAGCGCCACCUCGCGUCGCGGUCGAAAAACCUUUUCUACUUUCUGACGGCAGGGUGGAACUGGAAGCAUGGCUCGACAAGGCGACAUACUACCACGGCGAAUCAAUCAAUGUCAGCGUUCACAUCACAAACCACUCGUCAAAGACCAUUCGACGGAUAAAGGUCCUUGUGAUACAACAUGUUGAUGUAUGCAUGUUCUCAAAUGGGAAAUUCAAAAAUGUAGUGGCACUCCUACUAGGAUCUGGCACACCAAUUCCACCUGAGCAGACCCACAAAGAUUCAUAUAUAUUAACACCUCACAGAGGUGUCACCAAGAAUUGGAUAGCACUGGAGGAUUCAUAUUCAAAAACUGGCGCAAGUCUAGCUUCAACUGUUCUAUGUAACCCCGAAUCUAACGAUGACCGUAACGUGUUCGCUAUCUACGUGUCCUACUAUGUAAAAGUUAAGUUAACACUUAGCGCAAUGGGCGGUGACGUUUCCGUCAAACUACCGUUUACCCUAACACAUUCCUGUAUCAACGAAGCCCCAACUGACAGCGUUACAGAAGAAGCAACCCAUAAAAUGAUUCUAGAAGGUAAAGAAGAAAAAUCAGAAGUAAAAGACAACCAUAACAACAACGAGGAAACAAUUCAUGAAGCGGAUGAACCGUCACAAGAAAGUCAUAGAUGCGUCGCGGAUGUGCUGGUAAAUAUUGAGAAUCAAAUGACUAGACCAAAAGUGACUGAGCAAAGAGAAACGCCGAUUGUCAAAUGUAAUAAUGAAGAAUUUGAUUUGAUAGAGAAAUAUCCCGGCCCCGAUACGUGAUCCGAUGAAGUAAAAGUUGAAUCGAAUCAAACGAAUUCGAUUAAGUGUAAUGAGGUCCAAAUGAAGGGUAGUUUUGCAGAUAAUUUGAAAAGAGUUGUCUGUUGUAUUGAUAGACGAAGACAGUCGUAGUGUGCAUAUUGAAUUGCUGUGCGAUAUUCUCUACUGCUUCAAUAAGUGCACCAAAUAUGUUUUUGAUUCAUUUCUAAAAGAACUCAUUCCGUUUAAAUAUAACACCAAAUUCAGAACCAAAGACAAAAUUGUAUUGAAAAAAAGAUUAUUAUAAGAACUCAAUUUAAAAGACUAAACGAAUGUCAAUCAUAGGUUAAAAGUCAUAAUUAUUAUUGAAGAUUUAAGAAAUAAAUCUAGUCCUUAUUUUUAUAAACGGUGCAUAAAUUUAUCGAUUUCGAAACCAGUUUUCGGUGUAUGCAUUUAACUUAAAAUAAAUAAUAAGUUCAAAUAUGGCCAUAACCUUCGAAAUUGCAAUUUAUUAAUUUUAUCAAUAUUCAUCUAAACGUAACCGAAAAUCUAAAUCACAAAACCAUUAUGUAUUAAAUUGUAUAUAUAAAUAGUGUUCGUUGAUAUAGUUAAGUCUCCAUACGUAUAGAUAGAUAGAAAUUAGUAGCUAAUUAUUUUUUGGAAUCGAUAAAGAUAAAAACCGACGAAACUACAAUGAAAUUGUAUUAAAAGUUCAGUCCUGAGUUCAAAUUUUGCGCUAAGAAAGUCCUGUCCACUGAGAGAUAAAAAAUAAUUUAUUUUUAUUUAUUUUAUUAAUUAUAUACAAUGUAUUAUGUUUACACAUAUAUAACGUCAAAUAUAAAGAAGUAGCCUAUCAUACGGUUACUGUAGGUGUGUAUAUUUUCUUACUUAUAAACCGAUUUAUUUAGGAAUCCUUAAUAAGCUUAAAUGUUUGAGAGUUUACUCAAUUAAAAUCAAGCAAAAACUUAGUAUUAUUCGCAUAGUUGUCAAUAUAAAAAUAUUAUAAAAAAUGUUUUUCGGUUUUCAAUUAUGUAACCACAAAGUGUAUUUUAUUUUACUGAUUAAAGAUUCGGAUCUCAAUUAAUAAAAACUUAAUACGUAAUUUGAACAUAAAAUAUUUACGAAAAUGUAUGUAAUCGUUACAAGAACGACUCUAUGUGCGCGACAUAUUUAUCACUACGAGUGAGUAAACUGUAUCAGUUCAGGGCCAGCCAUUAAUAACAGUUAGGCUUGUCUUCACUAAUGUGAAUAAACUGUAAGAGAUUGUCUUAAACAAUAAUAAUGAGUCUGUUCCACAAAUAGUACGUGAAAAACUGAUUGAAUUUAAAGCGUUUUAUUAAUUUAGUUAACUUUUGUACAUUGUGUGAACGUUAAAAAAUUAACUAACAGUUUCUAAAUCAAGGCCAGACUGACAGAAACCUAUGACAUUCGAUCGCUAUCUAUUUUGUUUACUUAUUAGAAUUUCUAUAUAUCCGGUGUAGCCAUUAUCAAUAUUCGAUAGGAUUAUAUAUGUGUAAAACAUAUUCUUCUAUUUUUAGAAGAUUGUGCAGAUGUUUGUAAUUAGUAGUAAAUCCACAGAUUUCUUUUAAGGCUCAAUUUUUCCAACAAAAUUCAUUUCAUCAAAAUGUCUUCAGUAGUUUUUAUUUGACAGUAUCAAAGUAACAAAUGGCUACAACAAUUAUCAUACUUAUGUCUUUAUUAAUUAAAUUUUAUUAUCAUUAU